UCCGGGUGUUUUUAAACGACUGCCAUUCACACAAAUCCACCCUUUGGAUGUAUGUUGUUUCCUGAAAUAUCUAUUCUAGCCAGAGAGCCAUCUGCGGGUGAUUACAGUUUAGAGAGAGAGAGAGAGAGAGGAGUGAGUAUGUCUGCGUUAUCGCCUGUGGCAACAUUCUUUGGUACAGCACCCACUGUUCUGAAAUGUGGUUUCUAUCAUCUUCACCUUCACAGGAGAUCAUGGUAUCAACGAUGGAACGCAGGAACUGUGGGGAUGGAAAAGAGGAGAUCAUACAUUUUGGCAACUCCAUCGGUAAAAAGGAGGAGGGGAACUUUGAUAUGUGCAACCAAUCAAGAUGCUGAACAAUCAUUCAAAAAGACUGUUGAAGUGGAUAGGCUAAUAGAUAUGCUAAGGGAUGCAAAUGCAGCUGAUCUUCAGAAGCUUGUAGCUGAAAAUAUCCUUGCAUUCAAUGAGAUUUUCUGGAUACGGCUUGCAGCUAGAACCGAGACAUGCAAAUCUGAGGAUGAUAAAAAAGACUAUGAAGAAUUGGCAUCAUCAGUGAUGAACAUAGUGGAUCACAUUGUCCAUAAGACCAAGGAAAAAAUAGAAUCAGCAACCGAUGUCCUCAAGGAAAUUUUGAGACCUGUUGUCAAUGAUGUGGAAGAGAUAUCAUGGCCUCCAAAAGAUUCUGGGGCUCUCUCUCUGAUGGAGAAAGAAUUAAUUCAAAGGGAACAAGAAGGACAGCUAGAUGAGGGGUUUCUUUCAGAAGUUAAUGCACAAUUACGGCAAGCAAAAGAGGAUGGGGAUAAGCCUGGGUUGGAGGCUAUGUUGCAAAAAGUCUUGCAGCUCUAUGCUUCUAGAGUUCUCUCUAAACGUAGCUUUGCGAAGAAAGUUUGUUUAUCUGGUGCAGGGAAUGAGAUUUUAAAGGCCGAAGAGUUUCUUGAGACCAUAAUCAAAGCCCCUGAGGAAGAAUGGAAUAGACUGCUGAUCAAUGGUUUGACUAUUGGAAAAGGAGAAGUUUUGCCAGAUGAAUUAUAUGCUGUCAUUAAUAAACGGAUUGAACGUACUUUGAUCCGAACGGAGGGUGGUUCUUACCAGCAGCGUGUUCUAACCGAGUAUAUUAAGGGCAUCCAGUCAAGAACGGAAGAUAUUGUCCAAGUACUUCAGGGCAAGCCACCAUUGUGAAUUAGGCUGAAGUCGAAUAUAGUUAUUUGUGAAUGUAUCAACUGUGGAGAUAAGUACCUUUCCACCGAGAAAACGUGGAAAAUGAAGAGAGGAGCCAGGGGAUCCAUUAGCCUGGAAACAUGGAUUGAUUGGAGAAUGUUCGUGCACUGCUACAUUGGAUCUAAAUAUGGAGCAGUUCAUGGGCUGUCAUCCCUGGUGCCUUAUAGAAUAUGUUAUAUAUGUCAUUUAUGAUUACACAAACAUGAUGCUUAGCUGGAGCUAAUCAUGAUAGAUUUACAGCCAAAUCCUACUGCAGUUUCAUCGCUUUGGUUUGGAAAUGUUAUGGAUAUUCAUAUUGCAGGUUUAGAAAUAUAGCAGUACACAACUACACAUGUUCUUCAACAACCCACAAUUGUAUAGAGACAUGAAGCAAAACAAUUGCUUAUGUUAGAAACUCUUGAGAAUGUGUUAUAGACCCAAAAUCGAGUCAAA